AUGGUGGAUAUGGCAUUAGAGUUAGAGCGAGGGGAGCGCAACUCCCGCCAGUACUGGGAUGUGCCGAAGGGUCGUAAAGCUUCAAUAGCUAGUGGCAGUGGAGGAGGUAGCCAGAAGAAACUGAGGACUGAGUUUCAGGUCUUAAGGGGUCAAAAAGUUGAUCAAGGCAAAGGUUCGAGGCCAUGGGAUGGCAAGAUUGUGUGUUUCAAGUGCGGUUGGGAGGGCCAUAAGAACCAGUGCACUACCAGGGGAGUCACGUGUUAUAGGUAUGGUAUGAUCGAUCAUAGGAAGCAUGACUGUCCACAGGGUGGCAGAGCUUCAGAGCAGUCACGAGCACCGGGUUUACCACCACCAACUCUUACUCUAGCUCUUCCUUCUACUAUUCCGUCAGGAGGGAGGGGGCGAGGACACCAGGAGGCAGAUGAGCAUCCUAACUUCAUUGGAGGUACAUUUCUCAUAUCGAAUUGUUGGGCAAAGGUGUUAUUUGAUUCAGGCACUACGACAUUAUUCAUUUCUGUGUCCCUUGCAUCCCUAAAGGAUAAUUUGAAUGUCUUAGACUUCAAGGACUUCGAUGUAAUCCUUGGAGUGGAUUGGUUAACAAAGCAUCAUGCAUUGUUGGACUUUUGGGAGAGGAAGGUCACUCUUAAUGUACCGGAAGGAGGGGAGAUACGGUUACACGGAUUGAAGGGGGUCCCAUGUCCUCACUUCAUGGACAACCCUUCAUACCAAAAUUGUAGGGUCACGAGUUUGAUUACGUUGGCACCUAGGGGUGAUGUAGCUACUCUAACACAUGUGGUAGAAGAGUACAUGGAUGUAUUUCUGGAUAAGUUACCCGGAUUACCACCGAAGAGAGAGAUUGACUUUACCAUUGAACUGCAUCCGAAUGUUAAGCCAAUUUUGAUUCCACCAUAUCGGAUGGCUCCGGUUGAAUUGAAGGAAUUGAUGACUCAAUUGGAAGAGUUGUAA